UCUUGUAAAUUUUUAUUCUCCCGCACUUUUUAGUAGCACAGAUUAUUACUCGUGUGAAGAUGUUGUCUGAAUUCCUGCCUCUUCUUAGAGACUUUGAAACGACGUAUUCGUUUCUGAAGGAGAAGAAAGUGCUCAAUAGUGUUCAUCCCCGAUGUGUACAAUGCCACAAAGAGAUGACGCUGAUAAAGUACAACGAUGAGAAGAUAUUCCGCUGCCCGACGCACAAAGGUGUGAAGGUGUCCAUCCGGAAGAAUUCCUACCUUGAAAAGUCCAGGCUAAAGCUACGUGAUUUCCUCACAUUAACAUUUUCAUGGAGUCUCAACAUAGCGAUUCCAGCAGCAACAGCACUAACCGGUUUGUCCAAAAGCACCGUGAUCCAGUGGUAUUACUAUAUCCGCGAUAUUACGAGCAACCACCUUCACAAGAACCCAUACCAAAUUGGUGGAGUCGGGCACAUCGUUGAAAUUGGUGAAUGGAAAUAUAACAGAGGUGGGAUGCCACAAGAGAGGUUUGUUUUCGGAGGAUGGGAUAGAGAAGACAAGAAUGGUUUUCUAGCCGUCGUACCUGACCAUUCCUCCGAAAGUCUGCUACCCGUCAUCGAGAAAUUUAUAAGACCAGGCACUACGGUUUAUUCGGAUAGUUGGGGUGCUUACAAUGGGAUUGCUGAAAUGGAUGUGACACCCAAAUACAUCCAUUUCACAGUCAACCAUUCCAAGAAUUUCGUUGAUCCAGUGACACACGUACACACGAAUUCUGUGGCGUGUUACUGGAAGAAUGCGAAAAGGCGCUUUAAGACGAUGAUGGGGGCACACUCCAACAUGAUGGAGCUGUAUCUGGACGAAUUCCUUUGGAAGAACCGAUAUGGGAAGUGUGGGAAAGAGUGUUUUGAGAAUAUUCUCAAACACCUUUCCGAAUGGUACACAUUCGAAGAAGCGUGAUGAACAAAUAAUAUCAGAUGACAUUGGCAUAACCAAAGAUACAUUCUCAUUAUUUAUCAUCUUUUAAAGACCAGAAUGAAAAUAUUUUACUGAACAGAUAUAUAAGAUUGUUUCUAUAAAUCUGUGGUGGAAUUCCUCUGAAUUGUGUUAUUAGCAAAUCUUCUGGACAUCACUGGCUGGAGUGUCUACAAGAUGAGCCUGUUUGCAAAUUAUACUGGGAAAAAAUUUACCAAAGAGUUUGGUGACAAGGAUAACACUGGACAGCAAUACAGCAGUUAAAAUAUUUGGAAACAAAAGACUACUAAAGCAAGAAGUAGAAUAAAAAUAAUGGAAAAGAGUGAGAAAAUAAAGGAACUGAUUUUUCCUGAAGAUAAAGAAAAAGGGACACAAAAAUUGUCGCAUAAGUGUGAUGUGUGUAAAAAGUAUUUCUCUCAAAAGAGCAGCUUGAAUGCGCACAAACGUAUUCAUAGAGGAGAGAAGCCCCAUCACUGUGACAUUUGUGGUAACUCAUUCCGUCGAAAUUAUACCUUGACUGUACACAAACGUAAUCAUAGAGGAGAGAAGCCUUAUCAUUGUGACAUCUGUGGUAAAUCAUUCUCUCGAAAUUAUAACUUGACUAUUCACAAACGUAUUCAUACAGGGGAGAAGCCUUUUCACUGUGAUGUCUGUGGUAAAUCAUUCUCUCGCAGUGGCAUCUUAGUUUCUCACAAGCGUUUCCAUACGGGGGAGAAGCCAUUUCGCUGUGACAUCUGUGGUAAAUCAUUCUUUCGGGAAAGUAGCUUGACCACACACAAAUAUAUUCAUACAGGAGAGAAGCCAUAUCCCUGUGAUGUCUGUGGUAUACCAUUCUCUGGUCGAAGGGCUUCGUAUUCUCACAUAUGUGUUCAUACAAAGGAAAAAACGAUUUCGCUGUGGCAUCUGUGA